UGCGAGUUUAUUCCGCGCAUGUCACACAACACGUGCAUCAGCCACGGUAUUUUUUCGUGGUGGUUGUGUUUACAUGAUUGUCGAGAGAAGUAAAGCCCAAAAAAAGUAUUUUAUUAGAAUAACACGAAAAUAUAUAUUGUAAAUGGGGGGUCUACAGAAAAAGAAGUAUGAGAGGGGCUCUGCCACCAACUACAUCACACGGAACAAAGCCCGCAAGAAGCUGCAGCUAAGCCUGGCAGAUUUCAGACGCCUGUGUAUUCUGAAAGGCAUCUACCCUCAUGAGCCUAAGCACAAGAAGAAGGUGAACAAGGGUUCCACGGCCCCCCGCACAUUCUACCUGUUUAAAGACAUCCGGUUCCUCCUGCACGAGCCCAUCGUUCGAAAGUUCAGAGAGUACAAGGUGUUUGUGCGUAAACUGAGGAAGGCAUAUGGAAAGGCGGAAUGGACAGGGGUGGAGAGACUGAGAGAAAACAAGCCUGGCUACAAACUGGACCACAUCAUCAAGGAGAGGUACCCCACUUUCAUCGAUGCCCUCCGUGACAUCGACGACGCCCUCUCUAUGUGCUUCCUGUUCUCCACAUUUGCCCGCACGGGGAAGUGCCACGUCCAGACCAUCACGCUGUGCCGACGCCUCACUGUGGAGUGGAUGAACUACGUAGUCGCAUCUCGCUCUCUCAGGAAGGUUUUCCUCUCCAUCAAGGGGAUUUACUAUCAGGCAGAGGUCCUUGGACAGCUCAUCACCUGGCUCGUGCCCUACCAGUUUGCCCAUGAUCACCCGACAGAUGUGGACUACAGGGUAAUGGCCACCUUCACAGAGAUGUACACGACCCUCUUUGGCUUCAUUAACUUCCGCCUCUACCAGACCCUCAACCUGGUCUACCCGCCCAAGCUGGACAGCAAAGCUGAGUCGGAGUUGAAGGCAGAGCACGAGGAGGACUACGCUAUGGACUCAGAGAGCUACUUGGAGAAACUGUCAGCCCUGAGUGCCAGCCUGGCACGGGUGGUCGCCACCGCAGAGGAGGAGGAGAACCAGCUGGACCUUUUCCCUACCGAGGGGGAGGACCAGGAGAAUAUGCAGGCCAGAGAGAAGGAGCAGAAAGAGCAGGAGGCCCAGAAAAAGCUUUUUGAAGGGCUCAAGUUCUUCUUGAACAGGGAAGUUCCCAGAGAGUCACUGGCUUUUAUCCUGAGGUGUUUUGGUGCCGAGGUGUCCUGGGACAAGUCCCUCUGCAUCGGUGGCACCUAUGAAGUGACCGACGAGACAAUCACUCAUCAGAUUGUAGACAGACCUGACAUGGACAAGCAGUACAUUAACAGGUACUACAUCCAGCCCCAGUGGGUGUUUGACUCCGUCAACGCCCAGAUGCGCCUGCCCGUUGAGGACUACUUCCUGGGGACGACGCUACCGCCCCACCUCUCGCCCUUCGUGGAGGAGAAGGACGGCGACUACGUGCCCCCGGAGAAGUUAAAGCUCAUGGCCCUGCAGCGGGGGGAGAAGCCCGUACAAGAGGAUGAAGAGGAGGAGGAGGAGGAUGAUGAAGAGGAUGAUGAUGAAGAGGAGGAAGAUGAUGUGGAUGAUGAAGAGUUGACCGAGGAGAAGAAUCUGAAGAAGAUGGAGGGUACGCGAGCCCAGGGCAAGACUUUGGCGGUGAAGGUGACCCCCGGCAAAGUGAAACCCUGGGAAACUGGUUCCGUGGGGAACAAGGUGCGCCUUGAGCAGGAGGAGAAGGCAGAGGAGAAGCGUCUGGCCAUCAUGAUGAUGAAGAAGAAGGAGAAGUACCUGUACGACAAGAUCAUGUUUGGCAAGAAAAGGACUACCCGAGAGGUUAACAAACUGACGGCCAAGAGAAAGGCCCAUGAAGACGCCAGCAAGGCUCAGAAGAAGCAGAAAAAAGCCAAGAAGCAGUAGUCGCUUAACUGUGGAUAUUCACAGUUAUACUGUGGAUAUACUUGUUUUUUUUCUGUUGUUGUAUGGUCGUCAAUCAUACACGGUUGAAGUCCCAUGAAACUCCAUAGGUUUAUUCAGAAUAAGUUGGUCCCAUUGAACAUGAUGAGUGUUAAAACCAUGUGGUCACGCAUAUUGGCAGGUGGAAAAGCUGGAGGAGUCACAUUGUGGUGAAAUAUUAUCCACCCUGCCUCAACCAUCGCAAGGUGACUGUUUGCUUUGUUCUUAUUUGUGUGAACUCAGAUAUUCUGGUCAGUACUCUGUACCUGAACCCCCCCAAUGAUUCACCCUAUUUUAAUCUAUGACGUGUCAUUAAAUGUGGUUCUGAAUACUUUAGUAGAAUAACUUGUUGGUGUCAUCAGACAAAUUUAAAUUUGUAUGAAACCUCCCCGUGAGAACAAUUUGUAUGCUUAAAAAAGGUGACUCUUUGCUUGAUAUGUACUUCAAAUAAAUUGUUUAUGGACUUUU